GGAAAAUAUUUUAUUACCCGAUCACUCUCUCGGUUACACGGCAAGGCAUGGAGACGUCGUGAACCAUCACCAUCGUAUUUGAAAUACGUAAUGGAAAACGAAAAAGGGUCACCGUAACCGGAUCUGUUAAUUAUGCGAAAACCACACCGCAUCAAGCGCUAAAUAUCAGCAUCCUAUAGGAGGAGUUAGAGCCCUUGAAUAUACUUUCGGCAGCUAAUUUAUGGGUAUGCGCGUGGUUUUCCGGCUGUUUCAGAGAUGGCUGCUCGUCCCAUUCUGGAACUUUUCCACGAAUAUCACUGGAGCCUUGGCACCUUUGAUGCAUACCCGGAUAUGCGGGUGCACAGUUUCGAUGAUCUUGUUCCCGCUUAGGAAGAUUAAUGGCGAGGAGACCUAUACGGGCCGUACCGAUCUAUCCGGGGGCAUAAAGAGCGGCAGUCGAUAGAGUAGUUGACUAUAAAAGGACAGUUGGUAUCUAUAGUAGUUGGGGCG